AUGGGACCGAAUAACCUUGGCUUUAUCGAAGGAAACGCCUGGAAGGACAUCUACGGCAUGCGCCGUCGCGGUCAAUUUGAGAAAGCAUACGAAUACUACCGUGAAGGACCGGAAGGACCCAUUAGCUUGCUCAACGCUGGGCCCGAGGAACACGCGAGACUACGCAAGUGGGUUUCGCCGUAUUUUUCAGAUCGUGGCAUGAAGGAGCAAGAACCGAUGAUUGGCGGUUACGUUGACUUGCUUCUCAAGCGACUUCAUGAGAACUGCGAUGAUGGUACCCGCGCGCUUGAUCUCCGCGACUGGUUUAACUUUUGCACCUUCGACAUCCUUGGCGAACUUGCUUUCUCCAGCUCUUUUGGAUGCCUCGAGUCAGCAGAAUAUCAUCCCUGGGUAAAGAUUAUUGCAUUUCAGCAGAAAGAGAUUGAGUGGAUCGGUGAGCUGAACCGACAGGGAUUGAGAUUUAUCACAGCUAUCAUCAUGAAGGUACUCGCCAAGAACAAGUUGGAAUUUAUGGGUUACACGAUUCAGAAGUUACAAAGUCGCAUUCAGUCGGGUAAACAAGCAGAUAUCAUCGAGUCCCUGCUCAAUAACAAAGAGGGAAUGGUACGUUCGACCCUUUUCUUGCCCCUACUUUUGCUCAGUACCACAGCGACGUUGCUCACGGCAACUUCGUUCCUUCUGCUAUCGAAUCCUGAAGCAUAUCAGAAAGUCGUAGAAGAGGUCAGAUCUUCAUUUUCUGAUCCGUCAGACAUUACUCUUCUAUCCGUCAACAAGCUCCCUUACAUGUUGGCCUGCCUGGACGAGGCGCUGCGUGUGUUCCCGGUAGUUCCUUCUUGGUUGCCCCGACGAGUCACGCAUGGCACGGCUAUCAUUGAUGGCAAUGUCGUGCCCGAGGGUUGCCUUGUCGGUACUUGGCAAUGGGCGAUGUAUCAUAACGAACUGAACUUUACUAAACCCUUGGAAUAUCAUCCCGAGCGUUUCCUCGGAGAUCCGAGCUUCGCGAAGGACAGGCUGGACGCAUUCCAACCUUUCAGCAUGGGCCACGCCGACUGCGUCGGUCGCAAUCUCGCAUACUCUGAGAUGCGCCUUAUCCUGGCAAGGAUUUUGUUCAGCUUCGAUCUGAAGCUAGUUGACGAGGGCAGUGACUGGAUAAAGGGUCAAAAAGUUUAUAUCGUGUGGCAAAAGCCGUCUUUAAAUGUGUAUCUCAAGCCAGUCAAGCGAUGA